GUAAAAACAAAAACAGCUGUAAAACUCGAUCGACAAAUAAAAGUGCAAAGCAGGUGAAAAUCGAAUUUUUGAUUAGAUUGAACUGAAAAACUAGAACAUAUUAGGCGGGAUCCAAAACCGUCGACUUUAGCGCACCCCCAAAAGUAAUAUUAAUAAUUUUAAGUUCAGCAAGUAUAAUUUUAUUAUAAAUUGUUUAUAUACAUUGUGUGUAAUAUUGAUUAAACAUACAUACAUACAUACAUUAAACAUAUAUACACACAUAUUUAGAAAUAAAACAAAAUAGAACCACUAGUUUUAACAUCAGAAUCAGCGCAUAAAUGUGGGGAAAGUUAAUACUUGGAAUCUUGAACUUUUGAGUCAUCAAAAAAGCAACUAAGAUGAGCCAAGUAAAAUCCGUACUUUGCGUGGGCUGCACGGUAAUUGACUUCGUGACUAUCAACGGCAGCUUUCCCAAGGAGGACACCGAUCGGCGUUGCUUGGAUGGAUUUUGGCAACGUGGCGGCAACGCCUCUAAUGUGAGUACUGUUCUGCGGGUUCUAGGAUGCAAGGUGGACUUCUUUGGAAUGCUCAGCAGGUCGGAUGCAUUCCGAGUGCUCCUCGACGAUCUUAGAAAGCGGGAAAUCGGCACAACUGACUGUCCCUUCACGGACAGGGAUCCGCCCUUCUCCUCGGUGAUUCUGGCCCAGGAUUCCGGCACCCGCACUAUUAUCCACUGUAACAAGGACUACCCGCAGACCACUUAUGAGGACUUCAGCAAGAUCAACCUUUCGCAGUACGGAUGGGUACACUUCGAGGCUCGCAACACUCCGCACACCUUAAAGAUGAUGCAAAGCAUCCGGGAUUACACCCAAAGGACCGGGCAUGCCAUCAUUAUCUCGUUGGACUUCGAAACGAGGUAUGAACAGAACCAUGAACUUUGUGCGCCCUGCGAUUUUGUGGUCUUCUCCAAGGAGCUGGCUGGCCAGUUGGGGUGGAAGACACCGCGGGAGUCGUGUGUGGAGCUGGCCUCCAAAAUUCGCGGGAAUGGUCCAAAACCUGUCUUUAUUUGUCCCUGGGGAAGCUCCGGAGCUGGAGCUUUGGAUGCCAAUGGGAACUACUACGAAAUGUCUUCCUAUAAACAGGAUAUGGUGGUGGACACUCUGGGAGCCGGGGACAGCUUCAUGGCGGGAUUUAUCUACGCCACCCUCGAAGGUCAGCGAAGUCUAGCGGAGUCCGUUGACUUUGCUAACCGAGUCGCCAGUCACAAAAUCACUGGAUUCGGCUACGAACACAUUUCGCAGCUCAGCUUAAGCAAAGUUUAACUCUAGCUUAGAUUAUUGGAUUGUCUCUUUAAAGGAAUUUAUUAAGAUAAAAGCCUGGCAACAAAAAGUUUCUGUUUAAAAAUUCUUAGCACUUGUGCAUUAUUGCAAUAAAUAAUAUUACAUAUUAAA